AUGAGGAAAAAAAGGAAGCAUGUAGAGAUUGUCCUGCCAUUGGGUGGGGAUCUCCUUGCUAAGAAACAAUAUAGACAAGAAGCCAUAAGAAAGUGGAGAUUGAAAAAAAUGAAAAGGAGUUUUCCAGUGAGUGAUAGAACUUAUGUGAACAUUCAAACAAGUGUCGCAUUACCCAAUGUUGAUGUUACAGCUUCUGAUUCAUUUAGGCAAGAAGGUAAGAAAAAAGCAAUUAAAAGAUGGAAAGCAAAGAAGAGUAGAUCUCAGUCUGUUGAAACUUCUGUCACAGUUUUUAGUGGUGUCAAUGCAGUUAGACAACAUUGUACACUUGAACCUAUAUUCAUGCAGUUCAAAGGAUUGGUUUGUAUGAUUCUGAAGCAGGAUCCAGUGAAGAUAAUUAAUCCUAAGAAAAGUAAAAAACACCAUUUAAAAGAUGGUAGGCCCCGACUUGCGUCUAUUCUUGUAACACCUUUAGUUCUACGCAGUGUCCCAAAUUGUCUGCAUUGCCUUGCAAAGAAAUUUGAAUAUGAAACAUAUAGCUUAUGUUGUUUGGAUGGAGUUCUUCAACAUAAUCCAUAUGUAAAAUUUUUAAGGAGACUUAAGGAUGUACCUAAUUUAACCGCAUGUCAGAUCAUAUUAAAAACAUCGUCUGAUGUUGAUCAAAGAGUAUUCAAUCAGCCAGAGGUUUCACAAUCAAGUGGCUGCAUUAUGGGUUGGGGAGGAAGAUAA